AUGUAUUUGUAUCAAGCCACAAAAGAUCCGUACUUCUUAGAAGUUGGUAGAGAUAUUCUACAUUCAAUAGAAACAAGUUGUAGGACAGAAUGUGGAUACGCCACGGUAAGUUGUAAACUGUUUUCCUGUGAGGUUCAAUCAGAUCAGUGGGUUCAGUUGGUCCAAACGUUUCUCUAUAAGGCAUGUUUACACCUGCGAUUUUCGUCUUCUGAUGGAUGUGAACGAGUAGAUGAGAGUAUGAAUGUUUUAAGUAUAUAUACCCUCAUCUCAACAUUCAUAACUCUUCCACUCGUUCACAUCCAUCAGAAGAAAAUUGUACCUAAAAUCGCAGCAAAAAUUGCAAGUGUAAACGGGCCUAGAGAGGUAAUGGUAAAGCCCUGGGCAAACUAGGAAACAUUGUUGUGGAAACAUUUGUGAUUCUCGAUGUUUCCUCAAAUGUUUCCAUGUUUGCUCACCCGGAAACAUUGUUGCGGAAACAAAAUUUGCUUCCCGGGAAGCAAAAAUGUUUCCUACCAACUUCCGAAACAUUUGAUGUUUCCCUAUGUUUCUCACUAAUGUUUCCUAGUGUUUGCCCAUUCUGGGAAACAUGGCGAAACAUUGGUAGGAAACAAUGUUUCCACAACAUUGUUUCCUAGUUUGCCCAGGGCUUAAGAGCUAUGUACAGUAUAUUAUCUCCAAUUUUGUUACGACAGGAGGAAACCUAAACUAAUUUCCGUUUAUACUGGUCACUCUAUUAGUAAACCGUUCUUCGUACUGUAGAUGUCCAGUAAUGACCGUUUCAUACAGGAUCAGGACCAUUUCAUACAGGUCCAGAUCAGCCGUACGCGAACUGCGAACAAUACCCUCUGGCUCCCAGGGUAGAUCAGCCGUUACUACAGGAGGAAGUCAGAGUACCUGGUGGAUAAAUGCUAUGUUCGGCAGAGUCAAACUAAGAGCACUCUUCUCGUAACAGCGGAGGCAAAAUCAUACAGUACAACUGCAUAUUGCAGGAAAUUCACUUGCACGGUCACAAGAGGCACCAACAUUCAUGCAAGUCUUCUAAUCAUAAGGCAAAUCAUUUUCCAACAUGAUUUUCUAAUCACAACCGUUUCCUUUCUCCACACAGGUGAAGAAUAUUAUCACAUAUGAACUCCAAGACAGAAUGGAAUCAUUUUUCUUGGCUGAAACGACCAAGUACCUUUACUUACUUUUUGAUCCAGACAACUUCCUUCAUGGCAAUGCGGAGACUUUAGAUCACAGUCUCAAUUGCACGACACAUUCACAGAGUUAUAUUUUCAAUACGGAGGCCCACCCUAUUGAUAUUGGUGCUCUGAAAUGUUGCCAUAGCAACGCCAAAGAUCACGUGAAAGAAAUAGCCAAGUCGAGACCGCUCACAUGCAAGACACGUGGUUUCGAUGCGAGGUUUUCUUUCGAAGGGGCUUUCAUAGAAGACUAG